UUAGAAACUCAGCAUUUUCGACUGAUUAGAACAAAACAAAAACGGUUAUGAUCAAUUUUCUUUGUUGUUGAUUUCGCUUCAUUUCAACAAUUUAGUUGAAUUUAAUUUUUUCGGCAGUUAAAUUAAUGGACCAUCAUGUCAAUAGCAGGAAAACAUGGUUAAAGAAAAAGAUUGUGUUCGUUUAUUGAAUAAAUUGGCUUUUCUAUGUGAUCACCAGAUAAUCUCAAUCAAUCAUAUUAAUCAGAUCAACUAUAAGAUUAUCGCCAGAAUUUUCAUCUCUAUCUUCAAUAGACGAGGUGUUUAUCCAAAUCUGUGUGAUGAAUGUUUGCCCGAAGAACAACAAUUUAAAAAAUUAGUUAAUUUCUUAGAAUCUGAUAUCCUUCAUAUUUCUUUGGACCAUAUUAAGCCUGAUGAUUUAAUUGCUCACAAUCCAAUUAGUAUAUACAAUUUACUUGAAAUACUCGCUGCUUGUGAAUUGUAUCUCCCCUGUGAUGAACAAAAUCAACAUAGAGAUGAACCGAUUCAAUUAGCAUCGAAAGCGUUUCAAGCUCUAUCACUUUCACCUCCAUUGUCUCCAUCGCCUCCAGGACACUCGGAUUCUUGGUCUUCUCCGACAAAUUCAAGCCUAUCCAAUGACUCAACCUUUUCACUUUCUUCAUCUUCAUCCUGUCUCUCUCUUUCAUCAAUAUCAUCUAUAAUUCCAACCCCUCCAGUGAUAAAAUCUCCUAGUCCUGAAUUGAUUCCAACUAAACAAUUUACUGAUUCACCAAUUAAUCUCUCAAGAGUAUUAACUAAGUCUGGAGUUUCUAGUCCUGAUUCUGUGUAUCUGUUACAGAUCCAUGGUGGAAACUCUGAAUACGCACCCAAAUCAAAUCCCCAAUCAAAUAAAUCAUCAUCUUCAUCAUCAUCAUCACCAGGCAAUAGAUUUACCGAAACCAAAGGAAGACGCAAAGUCGACAAAGCCACGAAUACAGAGCCUGAGGAUCUAAGGAAACAACACCAAGAAUCCGAUUUAGAAAAGUUUGAACAAAGAUUUGAGAGUUAUGAAGCAUUGGCUUCUCAUAGAUUCGCCCUCGAGAUUGGACAUAAAUUACAACGAGCUUUAAGAUUGGAAGAAGCAACCAAGCAAAUAGAGGCCAAACUUUGUGCCAUUACGGGAGAGCUAAACACUAAUGUCCCCAAAAAACACACGAACAAAUCGAAUGGGAAAAGAAAAACUUUACUCUCGCCAUGGAAAAACAAACCAAUGAACAAAUCGGUGUCAAGAAAAUCGCCGUCAACGGCAUCGACGAAGUUAAAUGUUCACACAAAACCUUUGAUAUGUUCAAAGCGAAUUGAAAGAUUAAUCAAGUCCAAACCACAACAAUCAACCUAUCGAAGUAGAUUGAAAUUAGAUGUGAAUAGUGGUCAAGGUUUGCUGGAUGAAUGGAAAAAGCAAAGUUCAAGAUUGGCCGAAGCUCAAUCAGCGCUUGAAUCGCAAGUUACGAACUGCCCAAACUCUCAUCGAUUGCGACAUAUACGAGAAAGGUCAUUGAUCAGAGAUGCUCGAACUGAAAGAGCUCGAGUUCAUCGAUUAAUUUGUGACCUAGAAAGGAAAACGUGUUCAAAAUAUCUGACUGUUCAGGCGAAAGAGCAACAAUUAAUCAAAUCACAAACUCAAGAGAAAAUUAAAUCUUUUCGUGAUGAUUUAAUUAACUACAAAGAUUUGGUCAAAAGUCAAAUGGACAAAGAGCAAGAAAAACGGAAGCGCUUACUUGACGCGUUUACUAAUUACUAUCAACAACAAUUAACACUGAUCAAGGAUAAACUUGACCAAGAAGAAAAUGACCUGACAGCCCGAUACAAAUAUUCAACAAUAACUUACAAUAAAUUGCGACGAGAAUUAAAAUCCAAACUGGAGAAAGAAAUUGAUUCAUUAAUCUCAUCCCAAUAAUCAUUUGUAAUUGUUAACCAUUAACCCGAUUUUGAAACUAUUCUCACAAUUAAUUCAAGCUCAACAGUCGGAUUGUUAAAUUGGAUCACAUUUAAUAACAUUAUGUUAAAAUGAUUGAUUGAUUGUAGAAAAUUCAAUGAUAUUGAUCAAUAAAAUUUCAAUAUUUUUCCAUUUUAAGCUCAAGUUCAUUAAGAUC